AUGUCUCUUCGCAUCUCCCAAUCCCUCCGCCGCGCAGCCCUGCGCCCCAACCCAUCCCUCAUCAAAACCCCAAUCAUCACGCACCGCUUUCAAAGCACACAGCAGAACAAAGACCAACCAAUCCUCUACUCUGCCCACGCCAAAGUCGUCGGCGCUCGCAAGGGCCACGUCGAAGCAGAGUCCCUCAACGUCGACCUCACCAUGUCCAAAGCCCUCGGCGGCCCCGGCGACGCAGGCAAGACGAACCCCGAGGAGAUGUUCGCCGCUGGCUACGGCGCGUGUUUCCAGUCUGCCAUGAACGCCGUGGCUGCCAAGGAUGGUAUUACCAUGCCCACUGCGCCGGAGGAUAGUAUUGUUGAGACGACGGUGCAUCUUGUCGGUGAUAUGAAGAAGCUUGAUAUGGGGCUGAGGGUGGAUAUGAAGAUUAGUGUCAGGGGAUUGGAGAAGGAGCAGAUUGAGGGGAUUGUUGAGAAGACUAAGAAGGUUUGUCCGUAUAGUAGGGCUAUUGAGGGCAAUGUUUUGACAGAGUCGCAAGACCUCCUCGUCGUCGUCCCCGAGGGCUCGUCGCAUGUCGUCGGUGCAAGACCCGUAAACAGCGCUGCGACAAUGAAUUCCCAGCGUGCUCGAAUUGCCUCUCGGCGGGAGAGAAGUGCUCCUAUGGCGCCAAGCAAGCAUACCCAGCAGACCUCGCCGCGACAAAACGUCGUCAGUCAGCAGCAGACGCUGUCGAUGGUUGACACCCAGUCUGGCAUGAGUGAGACGGAGCCCGCAAAUUUGGCCGAGACUGCAGCUUCGGACUUGGAAGCUAGCGCUGGGAUUGUUGCGCCAUCGCCGGAUUCUUUUCUGGGAACGUCGAGUGGGUAUCCUCUUACGAAACUGCUGCGUUCGGCAUUGCCCUCGGUGGAUGCACGCCAGGGCGAUCGAGCAGGAACUUCACAUCAAGUAAAUGUUGCGACGCGCUCAUUAAUAGGCGUGCGCGUCAACAUAGGACAGCAGCCUGAGGGUGGCCAAGUGUCUGACGGCUCAGAUCUGCCCAGCAAGGAGGUUGGCGAGAAACUCAUUGAAGCGUACUAUGCAAGGGUGCACCCAAAACACCCCUUCCUACCCCGAAAAAGAGUCCAGUCACUACACGAAGCUAGGCUUGAGCUCGUCCCAGCACACAAAGCUGCGCGCUCAGAAGGUAGGGAGGGUAAAUGCGACUACGCGACCUUGCAACUGGUGUAUGCCAUCGGAGCACGUUACUUGCAGCUAAGCAAUGAUGAUGAUCAUUAUUCAUCUCCAAAGCGACACUAUGCCUGCGCGAUGGCAGAUGCGGACAGUAUCUUUGCGACCGGUAGUCUCGAGAGCCUGGAAGCGAUGCUCCUGCUCACGAUAUACCAAUUGAGGUCGCCUACAGGUCCUGGGGUCUGGUGGAUGAUCGAGACAACGAUGCGGUAUUGCAUUGAUAAUGGCCUCCACAGACAAGCCACAAACCUCCCUCCCAGCCUCGACGAGAGACGAAAAAGGAUCUUCUGGACGGCGUACAUGUUGGAGAGAUCAGUUGCUCGGACCAUGGGUCGACCUCACUCUAUUUCCGACAGAGAUAUCGACGUCGCGCUCCCAGCCAAUAUUGACGAUGAACUCGACUCCGAUGAAGCCAUCCUCGCAGCCAUUACAGAGUAUAACCAACACCCACCUCAGAUCACCUCACUCACGCCAGCUAUUCACAUCUUCCGGCUACAGCAAAUAGAUUCCAAGAUUUCAUAUACAGUAUGUCGCGUGGACAAAGACGUCUCCGAUAUAAAGCCGCACAAGGUGACUCGUCUUCGGCAAGCUUUGGAGGAAUGGAAGGCCGGAAUACCUCAGACCGAUCCAGAGAAUAAAUCGCACCCUUAUCUCACAACAGACUACCAUAUGAUCCAAUACCACAAAGCCAUUAUACUCCUAAACCUACCCUUCCUACCUACUCUCACCCCACAGAGUCCAACCUUCCACGAGAUCGUCCACUCCGCCGGCCAGGUCUGCUCUCUGUCCAAACGCCUUCAUGACCAACAGACGUACAUCUCCUUCUCCUUACUCUCACUACACGCAAACUUCGUCGCUGGCUUAGUCAUGGUCUACUGUUUCUGCCUCGACUCCUCAAUCUUCAGUCCCAAAUUUAGCAGCAGUGUGAGAGCGUGUAGUACCAUGUUGUACAUCAUUUCCGAGCGAUGGCCGAGAGCGGUUCAGGCGAGGAAUGCAUUCGAUCGUCUUGUCGCUGCUACGAUAGAAAGUGACCAUGAAUCAAAUAAUGGUAUUUUGAGGUCAGAGGAUAAUUUGGAUGUGUCGCAGGACGGCUUUGUGGCAGAUGAGGCUGGUAAUCUGGAGGUGUGGAAUAGCUUUGAGUCGAUACUUGGGGAUCAUCAGAUUGAUCUGGGAACUUGGAUGCAUGAUAGCAUUUUUGACACGAUGGGCACGUUUCAGCCAAUGGAUUGGACGGAGUAG